GAUUAGGACAUAGGGUUUAAGGGUCCGUCGUUGCCAUCCCCAUAUUCCCACAACUUUUCAACUGUAAAACCCUAGAUAAAGGACCUUCCAUUUUUAUUUGCUAAUUUGCUUUGAAUUCCAUUGACAAACAAAGUAUCUCGGCCCGGCGGUAAGCAGAACUUCACUAUUUCUUGUUCUCAAUACCUAUGCAUCAAUGCCUGAGUGAUAGAGCUUUAUCCGCCGAAAAAUUAGAAAGGAAAAAAAAUUAAAAUUAAAUUGCUAUGCCUUGCCAGUAGCAGUGUUUUCUCUGAGGAAUAAUGGCGGAGUUUUGCUCUGAUAAAAUGUUAAAGGUCAUCAGGAUCGAUAGCCUAGAAGUUUACGUCAGAAGGUCGAGCAUAGAGGUUUUCUUUGCUGUGGCAGGUGGCGUGCUUGUAUGAUUUUUCCAGGCCCACCAUGAUGCCAGUUAAAUUCAAGACUUUCUAUCCCACAAGUGAUUGGGUCACAAACAACUGGAUCAAGUUUAUCAAAUGGAGCCACAUGAAAUCUGGUGCAACAGGCCCAUGGAAUGGAAUCGUGGUUACAAAGCAGUUCUACAGUAGAUAUAGCACAAAUUCUGUGGAUGCUCGUGCCAUCAAGACUGCAUUUGAUCCAGAGACCAGUCGCAACAAUUUCAAACUGAAAAAUUUCCUCAGAGGGAACCAAAUCUAUGAGGCGACCCGACUAUUUGAUCAAAUGCCUCGAAAGAAUACAUGUUCAAUUAACAUGAUGAUUUCUUGCUACCUCAAGGGAGGCAAUAUAUCUUAUGCUAAAGAGUUAUUUGAUACUAUGAGUGACAAGACAGCCGUGUCUUGGACAAUACUUAUCGGUGGAUAUGCUCAGAACAAUCAACCUAUGGAAGCUUUCAAUCUUUAUUUAGAGAUGUGUCGAGAAGGGAUGAAGCCAGAUCACAUCACUUUUGCAACUCUUCUAUCAAGUUGUGAUGAAACGAUUGCAAGGAAAGAUGUAGAUCAAGUCCAUGCUCAUAUAUUUCAUUUGGGAUUUGGCGCCGACCUUGCAGUUUGUAACAGCUUGUUGGAUUCUUACUGCAAAUCUCAGAGUCUUGAUCUAGCACUUUGGCUCUUCAACGACAUGGUAACAACAGAUACUAUAACUUACAACACUUUGAUUAAGGGGUAUGCGAAAGAAGGUUGUCAUAAACAAGCAGUUAAAUUAUUUUCUGAAAUGCAACUUUGUGGAUUUAGGCCUUCGGAUUUCACUUUUGCAGCACUUCUUCGUGCCUGUGUUGGGUUGGAUUGUACUGCAAUUGGGCAGCAGGUUCAUGGACUGGUCAUCAAGGUGAGCUUUGUGCAAGAUGUAUUUGUUUGCAACGCACUUCUUGACUUUUACUCCAAGCAUGAUAAUACAGAAGACAUGAGAAGAUUAUUCUAUGAAAUGCCAGAGUUGGACGGUGUUUCGUACAAUAUUGUCAUAACUAGUUAUGUUUGGAAUGGACAACUGAAAGAAUCUUUCGAUCUCUUCAAUGAGCUACUUUUGAGCAAGUUUGACCGAAGAAACUUUCCUUUUGCAACUAUGUUGAGUGUGGCAUCAAACAAACAAGAUCUCAAGAUGGGGAAGCAGAUUCACGCACAAGCAUUCGUGACAACAGCUGAUUCAGAUAUUCAGGUAGGGAAUGCGCUUGUGGACAUGUAUGCCAAAUGUGGCAGUUUUAAUGAAGCUAAUAUGAUAUUUACGAAAUUGGCCAUCAGAUCAUCCGUACCUUGGACUGCCAUGAUGUCAGCUUAUGUUCAACAGGGGCUCAACGAUGAAGCCCUUAAGCUGUUCAAUAAAAUGCGUAAAGAUAAUGUUUCCGGGGACCAAGCAACUUAUGCAAGCAUUGUUAGAGCCUCGGCAAACUUGGCUUUACUUUCUCUUGGGAAAGAGUUGCAUUCGUGCAUAAUAAAGGAUGGCUUCUUAUCGAAUGUGUAUUGUGGCAGUGCACUUGUAGACAUGUAUGCUAAGUGUGGAUCAUUGAAGUACGCAGUUUUGAUUUUCCGAGAGAUGCCUGAAUGGAACACAAUCUCAUGGAAUGCAAUGAUAUCAGCAUACGCCCAGAAUGGGGAUGGCAAAGCAGCUUUGAGUUCCUUCGAUGAGAUGGUGGAGUCGGGGCUAGAUCCUGAUCGCGUCAGCUUUCUUGGUGUUUUAACUGCCUGCAGCCAUUCUGGGCUUGUUGACAAAGCAUUACAGUAUUUUAAUUUAAUGGCUGAUGAAUACAAACUUUCUCCAACAAAAGAGCACUAUGCAUCUUUGGUCGAUGUGUUAUGCAGAAACGGGAAAUUCAAUGAAGCAGAGGCGUUUAUAGCUCAAAUGGGCGUUGAACCGGAUGAAAUCAUGUGGUCAUCGAUUUUGAAUUCUUGCAGGAUCCAUAAGAAUAAAGAGCUUGCAAAGAGGGCUGCUGACGAGCUUUUUAAGAUGGAUGCACUUAGAGAUGCCGCUGCAUAUGUCACCAUGUCUAAUAUCUAUGCCGAGGUAGGCGACUGGGAGCAUAUGGCUAAGGUAAAGAAGGCUUUGAGAGAACGAGGGGUUCGGAAAGUGCCUGCUUAUAGCUGGGUCGAAAUUAACCGUAAAGUCCAUGUCUUCAGCUCCAAUGACAGGACACAUCCGUUGAAUGAGGAAAUAAGAAAAAAGAUGGAUGAGCUGGUGUACCUUAUGGAGGAAGAAGGUUAUAAGCCGGACGUUAGGUGUGCGCUUCAUAAUGUGAACGAUGAAGUUAAAGCAGAAUCUCUUAAAUAUCAUAGUGAAAGAUUGGCCAUUGCAUUUGCCCUCAUUAGCAGUCCGGAGGGAUCGCCUAUUUUGGUGAUGAAAAACUUGAGAGCUUGUGUGGAUUGCCAUGCUGCAAUCAAGUUGAUCUCGAAAAUUGUCCGGAGGGAAAUUACGGUCAGAGAUUCUAGCAGGUUCCAUCAUUUUAAAGACGGGGCUUGUUCGUGUGGGGAUUAUUGGUGAUCCAUAUAUUUACGUCCAAUUCAUUUGAUCGAUUCUAUGUUAAAUUCCAUUCCAUCUUGGCUCGGAAAUGAUCGUGGUGGCUGGAAGAUGAACCAGUUUAAAUCCUAUAUAACGACGGUACACACCCUUCCCUUCCCUUCUUCAAUGCUGUUUGUUUCUAACAAGGCAUCGCUUAGGUUGACGAUUCGACAAGAAUAUCUAUCUGUUUGCAUCUAUAAUUGAUUUAUUCUUUAACAAUGCUGUUGGCCUUGCUUACAUCUUCAUGACCUACUAGACAUUUCUGUUUCUGGUGAACCUAGAGAUUCAAUCAGUUUUUUGUUGUUAUAUUAUAAGAAAAGAUUUUUUUUUUUUUUUUGGGGGGGGGCACACUGGGCUAUGUAUGUUACAGAACAUUCUCACUUUUCUGUUUUUAAUGCAAUGCAAUAGAUAAAAUU